AUGUCUAUCUCAGAUUCACUGACCGAGGUUGCUGAAGCCCCCAUUUCACCAACCAAGCCAUGGCAGGCCCGGAUCCGCGAACACCUGGUGAUCGUAUCACUCUACCUAACGCUCUUCCUGUCCGCCCUCGACGUAACAAUCGUCGCUCCAGCGCUGCCAAUCAUCGCCAGCCAUCUCAAUGCCACCACGUCUGAAUAUACCUGGGUCGGCAGUGCCUACACACUGGCAAGCACAUCGACAACACCACUAUGGGCGAAGAUAUCCGAUAUAUGGGGUCGCAAGGCUGUCCUUAUGGUGACGAAUGUUGUCUUCUUGUGCGGAAGCCUUAUCUGCGCGCUUAGCGUGUCGCCCAUGAUGCUCAUCGGCGGAAGAGUUGUACAAGGUAUCGGUGGCGGAGGAAUCAUAGUCUUGGUGACCAUCAUCAUUGGCGACUUGUUCACAUUGCGUGAGAGGGCGAAGUACUACGCUUUGACAGGAAUCGUGUGGGCGAUCGCCAGUGGUGUAGGGCCUAUACUGGGCGGCGUCUUUACGCAGACAAUUGGAUGGGAGUGGUGCUUCUACAUAAACAUCCCAUUCGACGGCCUCUCUCUCAUUCUGCUCUUCUUCUUCAUGCAGCUAAAGCCCACAUCCGCACCCUUGACAACGCUUCGCACAUUCGACUUCACUGGCUGCAUCUUCGUCAUCUCCGGAACGGUAUGCUUCCUCUACGGCCUCGAGAGCGGCAGCGGCUCCCACGGCUGGUCGUCCGCACAAACCCUCGGCCUCCUACUCGGCGGUCUAGCCCUGCUUAUCCUGUUCACACUAUACGAAUGGUACGUCGCGAAGGAGCCGAUCCUACCUCUCCGACAUCUCCUCACGCGCCCCACGAUCCCCUGCCUCCUUACCGCAACCUUCCACAGUAUAACCUUUAUCCCAUACACAUACUUCAAUCCGCUCUACUUCCAGGCCGUCCUUCACCUCUCACCGAUAAAAUCCGGCGUCUACCUCUUCGCCCUCGUUCUCCCUCUCUCGGCAAUGACACUCGCAAGCGGCCUCUACGUGAAACGCACGGGGUCCUACCGACCCGUGAUCUGGAUCUCCGGAGCCAUAAUGAUAACCGGAACGGCCUUGUUCAUCGACUUCGGUACGCAUCUGCACCUCGAGAAAAUCGUCCUCUACCAACUUGUCGCGGGUCUUGGCGCAGGCCCUCUCUUCCAAGCGCCAAUGAUUGCGUACCAGAGUUGCUUGGAGCCGAGCAUGGUCGCGUCGGGGAAUGCGGCGCUGGCAUUUUUAAAAAAUCUCGGGACGAGUUUGAGUCUUGUGCUUGGUGGGGUUGUUGUGCAGGGGGUUGGUGGCGGGUUACUGACUGCGGGAUACCGGGAUGGAGAGGGUGGUGGUGGAGGCGUGCAACAGGAGGAUUUUAUGAAAGGAUUGAAAGCCUUGUGGAUCUUUUAUACAGCGACUUGUGCUGUUAUGUGGAUUGCUUCGUUCGGGAUUAUACGGAAAGAUUUGGACGGGAAGGAUGGAGGGGAGAGCGAGGUGUCUGGAUCUGACGGAGGAGAGACGCAGGUUAAUGAGAAGGCUAGCUGA